UCUGGUGGAAGAUACAAGUGCUAUUUUUCAUUGUCAAGACAGCUCGGAAGGACAGGUCCAGUUCAGUUUUAUUUCCUUUUUCUCAACCCAACUUCUCUUCCAUGAAAUUUAUCCCUUCCUAGCCAUUAAUAUGUGCUAGAUGCAUGGCUCAGCAAAUGAUUUCUUAGCAAGUGGCUGUUCUCUCACAGAUUGUGUCAACAUCUUGCCAAAUUACAUUAGCCAUCUUCCUUCUGCUAAUAUGUACAUUUGCCCCACCAAUUUCUCUGAAAAGAUUUGUUCUUUGGCAUCUCCUACUCAAACUGGUUCCCACGCAAUGUUGAGGAAAUUGAGAUAAGCAAAGAAAGUCAACAGUGCUAGAAAUGGAGAUAAAAGAUUGGCAGGGAGUCUAUAUAAAGGGGGAAAAAAACACGUUUUCACCAUUGACUUCAAAAAUUUUACCACAUCAAGGAAGACCUGGCCUAAAAGAAAGGACAAACACAGAUUCCUAUCCCAAAAUGUUCCUCUUCACUAUUAUCCUGUAUGUGUUCUGCACAGUCACCAAUGCGGCUUCCAUUUCUUCAGGAACUUGCUCUGUCCCAAAUGAUCAGCAAGGGUUGGUUAGCAGCAUCCUGACUCAACUGGAAAACUGGGCCAGCCUGCAGGGCAAACCUGACCCCAGUAUCCUGAUUGCUUUGAACCUGGCUAAGGACCACAACCUUAGUGUGAUAAUGCAUUUGGUGCAACAGAUAAAAGAAACAGCUGGAACAGAGAUGACCUCUGGCAAAGUGGCCCUUUAUGUUCUAGCUCUUCGGUCCGCCUGUCAGAAUCCUGCUGAUGUCACCACGCCAGAAAAACAUGUCAACCUGGUCCAAGUCCUUGAGAAGAAAACAAAGGAAGAGAUUAAGCAUAUCCAAACUACUGGGACUCCCAAGACAACCUACUACCAAUUGGCUCUAGAUACUUUGGCUCUGUGUGUAGAAAAAAGUCCAGAACUUGAAAGGGCUGCCAAUGCCCUGGCCAAGGAAGUGCUGGCUAAUAGUUUCCAGUUCAAAGGUCAUUUCUCUGUAGAUACUGCUGCUGUAGCAACUCUAGCACUGUUCUGUGUGUAUGAAGGAAGGAUCUCGCCUCAACAGAGCAAAUUUAUAGAAACUAUACGAGAAGCCUUGGCCCUGGCCACAAAGCAAAUCCUUAAUGAACAGCAGUCUAAUGGCCUCCUUGGAAAUAUCUAUAGCACUGGCCUUGCAAUCCAGGCUCUCAGUGUUACUUCUGAGUUCUACUCUGCUAAUGCAUGGAAUUGCCCAAAGACCCUGAAUGAAGUGCUGAGUAAGAUCACCGAGGGAGCCUUUAGCACUCCAGCUGCUUCUUCUCAGAUCCUACCUUCUCUGGUGGGCAAAACGUAUUUGGAUGUCAGGGGUCUCACUUGCAGCUCCAAAACUGUAACAGUGAAUUAUACAGUAACCAAUGAUCUAAUAGGACCUUAUUUCAAGUAUUCCACAGCUGUGCAAGUGCCAAAGGGUUCUGUGCUGCUCACUGUCUUAAAAGCAGCUCAACAAUUUAAUGCAAAGGAAUUCAGCUUUCAAACAAAGGAGACUUCUUGGGGCCCCAUGGUCACCUCUAUCAAUGGCGUCCAAGGCAGCACCAAUGAAAAGACUUACUGGCAGUUCCUCAGUGGCAAAACACCCCUUGAACAAGGUGUUGGCAGCUACAAACCGAAAAAUAAUGAGAAAAUUGUGGCUAAGUUCAGUAGAUAUUGAAUUAUCACCUACAAUAUAAGAUAGGACUAACAUUCAAGCCUGCUUUGUAUCAGAGGAUCCCCUUUUCAGUCAAAAAUGUGUCAAGAUGACAAUAAAAAUGUUGA